CGAGGGUGGCAGAACGACGUCGAGUCGACGACAGGGCGACGGACGUUGUGGAAAUUCCCCGUUCGGUUGCCGCGGAAGACGGAUGGUUUCCGGUGGCGCCCGACCUAUUCCGCCCCCUCUUAUAUACCGUAGAACCUUGGUUCUCAAUCCGUGGUCGGCGGAACACGGGUGCUCCUUCAAGCCGCUUCGAGCGUUCCGCGAAAAAAAUCCAAUAUACAAUUAAAAAUUGUUGCAAAAAUCGAUACGAUGUAAAAUAAUUUUUGUAUGGGAAUGUAAUCGACAAAUGCCGACGACGUCGUAAACUAGACCGAGUGUUCCCCGACUUCAAAAAGAUUGAGAACCAGGGCCGUAGAAGUAAACGUACUUUUACUCCCUCUCCCAACUUUACCAAUAAUACAAUGUAUAAAAUUUAACGAAAUAAAUCCAACUUCCACCCCUCCCUUAGGCUUAAGCCUUUAUAAAAGAAAAAUUGGCCAACGGUCCAUCUCCGUUUUUGGCUACAUCCCGAAAGAGUCUCCUUUUUCUGCACGAAAACCAGAAAAAACACGUAAUUGCGCGUUUAAAACUCGACCGGGUCCCGCGGUUGCGGGGUGUCGACGUAUUUUACGUUACGAAAAUGUCCGUUAUAAUUUUAUGGAUAGGCGUUACGAGUUUAUAAAAUUGCGGAACCCGUCGUUUAUCGACGUAUUGCUUUUGCUUCCCUACUUGUCUUCUCUAAUUGAUUUUUAAUGCCGCCGCGCAACCUCGGCCGUUUCCCACCGACCUACGACGUAACGGCUUGGGUGCGCCAACACCAUCUAACGUUACGCGUUUAUAAUUAUGACGUAAAACACGUCGCAAAAAGUUGUGUAUUUACGCACCGAAUUACAUAAUAGAAUUUCGAACCGAAAUUCGUCGUUUCGUCACGAGGCGGAUUCUUCGCCGGGUUAUCGCUUGUUUUCGUGUUAAGUUGGAAAUUUUUUUCCCGUCGUCCGGCCGACUUUUCAAACGUUUUCCGAGAGGUACGUCGGUCGGUCCCGAGUUUAUAAACUAAAGGAGACGGGAAAAAUCGCCCGCCAUUCCGACCAAACUCUCUCUCGUUUCUUAUUUACGAUCUGUCUACGCGUCAAGUUGAUUCGGGUUAAUGCCAGACAAUGCGUAAACUUUAUUUUAUUUUCUCUCACCAGAUGGCGGGACGAGUUUUCCGUUAACGGCGUUAAUUUUCGUCGCGGGCAUUAACCGUAAAGAAUCGCGUAUUUAACGACUGCUACAGCCAACUUCCCAGUACGAUAUUCCGAUAACGUGGCCGAGCAUCCGUAAUUCCGUUUUACCGACCGGAAGUCAUUUCCGCAGACUGACUAUAGCCACGGCCGCGAUUUCGCUACCGUGGCGAAAUUAAUUUCUUUCCGCGCGCACCGGGCCGCACUUCUACGGGUUUCGAUAGGAACCGGAAGAAGUCGGAACGUAGAAAGUAGCGCCGAGCCGCCGUUAAAAGAAGAAGAGGAGCGGAGGAAGUUCCCGGUGCCGGACUGAUCGACCGACGGGUUGUUUUUCAGAAUUAUUUGUUCGGACGGACGAUUCGGCAAACUCCGACGAUAUCGCCAGAAAGUGGAAUCUAGAAAACUCGUUACCUCCGGAGACUCGACGUUUCCCGCCCCAUGGACGGUCAAAAUAACAAAACCAAGGCCGACGACGUCGGAUUUUUGGAAGACGUCACUAAGAUGAUGCUGCGCUCCGACAUCAUCGGAAACGCGGCCACCAUCAAGGAGAAACACCGGGUCAUCGACUUCAGACAGCCCGAGGAACUAAAGAAAUUCAUGGACUUCGACGUUCAGGAGGAACCGGCCGACAGGAAGAGCCUGUUGAAAUUCUGCGAAGACUUCGUGCGCUACAGCCUGAAAACCAGCCAUCCCCUCUUCCUCAGCCGACUGUACCACGGAGUGGACGGCUACGGACUGGCCGGCGCCUGGCUCUCCGAAGCUCUCAACACCACCCAGACCACCUACGAAGUGGCUUCGGUCUUCACUCUGCUGGAACGCGCCCUGCUCGACCACCUGCGAAGACUCAUCGGAUGGGAGACCGGAGACGGAAUCUUCUGUCCAGGAGGAUCCCUGGCCAACAUGUACGGGAUGGCCCUGGCCCGGUACAAAUUGUUUCCUUCGGUGAAGGAGAAGGGCGUUCGCUACCUCCCUCCUCUGGUCACUUUCGUCUCGGACGAGGGUCACUACUCCAUAGUCAAGGGUCAGAACUUCCUGGGGAUGGGCACAGAAACCGUGGUCAGAGUCAAGACCGAUUCCCUGGGCAGAAUGAUCCCGGGAGAACUGGAAGCGGCCAUUUUGGAGGCCAAACGAAAGGGAAACAAACCCUACUUCGUCUGCGCCACGGCCGGAACCACCGUGCUGGGAGCCUACGACCCCCUGUCUCCGCUGGCCGACGUCUGUCAGAGACACGGACUGUGGCUACACGUGGACGCUGCCUGGGGAGGAGCGGCCGCCUUCUCCGAAAAACACCGCCACCUGCUGGACGGCAUCGACAGGGUGGACUCGGUGACCUGGGACCUGCACAAGAUGCCCGGAGUGCCCCUGCAGUGUAGCGUCUAUCUCUCCAAACACAAGGGGAUGCUGUACGGAUGCAACGGCUUCUCGGCCGAGUACCUGUUCCAGCCGGACAAAUACUACGACGUGACGUACGACGUGGGCGACGAGAGCAUCCAGUGCGGCAGGAAGGUGGACUCGCUCAAGCUGUGGCUGGUGUGGAAGGGAAGAGGAAGUCGCGGCAUGGAGAAACUGGUGGAUAACGCCUUCGCCAUGGCCGAAUACCUGGCCGACAGACUGAGGGAGACCGAGGGAUUUCGACUGGUUCUUCCGCGGUUCGAGUGCACCAACGUCUGUUUCUGGUUCGUUCCCCCCUGUCUGCGAGGACGAGAAGACUCGCCCGAAUUCUGGAGCAAAAUGGCCAAGGUGGCGCCGGCCAUCAAGAAGAAGAUGGUGCUGGAGGGAUCCUUGAUCAUCGACUAUCAUCCGCUGGGGUCCAAGUCGUACGUCAACUUUUUCCGAGUUCCCCUGCACUGCACCCCUCCUCCUAGCCGCUCCGACAUGGACUUCAUCGUCCGAGAGAUAUCCCGUUUGGGAAACGAAGUGGUGGUGUGAGCGGAACCCGCCUUUUGUCCGUUUUGUCUUUCCGUUGUGGUUUAAAUAAAGUGUUGUCCCGUC